GGUCCCUUCCAACCCAAACCAUUCUGUGAUUUUUUGAUUUUCAUUGGCCUUUGGUCGAGGCUUAAUUCUUUUCAAAACCUAUUUGCUUAAUGAAAUACAUCUUCAAAAAUAAAAAAUGUCCUUUGGCUUUGCAUGGCUAUUUUGUGGCCCUAAGCUUCUUUUUAGUUAGAAAGAAAAUGCAUGCUCCACAGGAAGGCGAAGCUCCUUGAGCAGCACAAAGCAGACAUGGCUGUUCUUGAGAACUAGGAAAGCUGCCAGCAGAGGAAGGAGCCACUCCUGGUGAACCCCAGCUUACAGCAAGAGAAUGCCUCGCUGUUAUCGUUUUUAUCAUUUUUUGAUAAAAUCAGGGGAGCACAACUCAAAGAAGUUCAAAAAGCUGUUUCUUCUGAAAGACCAGGCUCCCCAUCCACACCAUGCCAACUUGGAAAGCCCACCUUGAAAAACCACUUCCUGCACUGUCAUAAUCAAAAACUAAAUAUUGACAUCCAGCCAUGGUGGUCUGUAAUUAGAGGUGGUACAUAUCACUCUCUGGUGCCAUUCUGUGUAGUUCUGAUUUUAAUACAACCAGUAUUCUGCAGAAAAUAGCUAUGGGUCCCCAAAGUGAUUAUUUGCUCCAGAACACUCGCAUUUAAACUCUUAUCAUCAGACAAUCCUUGUUCUGAAAACUCGAGAGCAGAAAAAGUUUAUAUAUAUAUAUAUAUAUAUUCAUAUAUAUUCAUAUAUAUAUAUGAAUAUAUAUAUGUUCAGUACUGGGAGUUCUCCCAGUAUGUAUGCAUGACAAGCUGGGACACCCAAGAACAGUGUGGACCCGUCUGAUCAUGUUGACAUCACAACCAUAGUGAGGCACUGCUCCACUUCAUCACAACGCCUGCGUGGACCCUCAGCCCCACAGGGCACCUGUGGGACCAUUGCAGGUGGGUGAAGGUCGACUGUGGACACACUUUCAUCCCAUCCAGACCAGCUAACAUGCCAAACACUGAUGCAGACAAGAAGCUACUGCACAAGCUGGGUUUCAUGCUGGGUGAGACCUUAGGAGAGGGUAGGUUCUCCAAGGUGAGGGCGGCCACCUCCACCAAAUAUACAGUUCCCCUAGCUAUCAAGAUGGUGAACAAGCGACGGGCCUCCCCAGAAUUUGUGCAGAAGUUUCUGCUCCGGGAGCUCUCCAUCCUGCAUGAGCUCGAUCAUCCCAACAUUGUGCUCAUCUUUGAGAUCUUUGAGCUGACCAACGGGAUGGUCUACAUCGUGAUGGAGUCAGCAGCCACCAACCUGCAGCAGUGGCUGCAGCAGCUGGGCAAGCUGCCCUGCGUCCCCGAUGCCCGGGACAUCUUUGUGCAGGUUGUGGGGGCCGUGCACUACCUCCAUGACCGGAACAUCAUACACCGUGACCUCAAGUGUGAGAACAUACUGCUCAGUGCUGAUGGCCGCCAGGCCAAGAUUGCUGACUUCAGCUUCAGUAAGGAGAUGAGCAGCUACCCAGAACUGAGCACCACCUUCUGUGGAACAGAAGCCUACAUGGCCCCGGAAAUGUGGCUGCAUUACCCCCAUGAUGCCAAGAAGUUGGACAUGUGGAGCCUGGGGGUGGUCCUUUUUGCCAUGGUGACUGGCUACUUGCCCUUCCACGGCUGCCUCUGCAACAUGAUCCGGCAUCAGGAGGAUGGGGUCCUGCACCUGAGGGGGGUGUCCCUGCUGCUGGAACCCUGCCAGGCCCUCAUCAUCCAGUUGCUGCAGUUCUUCCCAUCCUCCCGGCCCAGUGUGGAGCAGGUGGCCAGCAACAGCUGGCUGAAGGGAAAUAUCUAAGGGGGAAUCCUCCCCAGAGACUGUGUCGGGACAGUCACCUUUUGGUGCAAUAAAUGCUGCUGAGGAAAAGCUCUUGAGCAGUUUGAGUAGCAGGGUGUGGAUGGGAUUAAACUUCAAGUCCCGGCGAGACUUGGUCAAGAACUUGGUCAAACCCCUUCGCAAAGAAGAUGAAUAAACCUGCCAUUGGCUAGGCUUCAGGCUCUGGUAACUGUGUUGAGUGAGGGGUGAGAGCACACCACAGAGCUGAUGGACUAGAAGUGGCUGUCUGAACAAAUAGGGGGGGCAGGCCCAAGCUCUGAUCCAGCUUUGGUAGCCACCUACCUAUGCGGAGAUUUAGAUCACACAGGAAUACUCAAAAAGAAAAAGAAAAAAAAAAAGAAAAAGAAAAAAAAAAGGAAAAAAAAAAGAAAACCCUCACA